AUGUCUUCGCGAGAUCAACCCCUCAGCUCUAAUAACCCGUUUCGCCGGAAGCUAGGCUAUCCUACCUUCUCUACCGAAGGCGACGUCCCCGCCCCGGUACCAGCGUCGAGUUUCGAAAAGCCCUUUGACCCUAUCCCACCAACGUCCUUUGCGACUUUCAAGUCUACCCCACCUGAAGAUGAGGCACGCGAAGGAAGAAGCAAAGACACAACACCGGUUCAACCUAAGCCCAAGAAAGUUGUGAAAAAAGUUCGAGUUCAGUCGCCUCCUCCAUCUUCACCCGAGGAUACCGGACCCGUUAGCCGUUUCCCGUCCGUAAGCGAUGACGAAGACGACAGCGACGAAGACCACGAUGAUGGGUAUAAUAGUGAUCAUAGUGACCUACCAGAGUACGGUGAUCAGAUUGACCUCGACACUGACUCGUUCGCUAUAAAAGAUCGGGAUGGUUCUGGGCUUGGUCGACUUGGGUCUCCUGCGAAUCCCUUCGCGAAAACCCUGGAGGAUUUAGAACAAUCGGGACAAGGGCAAAAUGCUAAAUCGCUAACAAAGGGGGCUCUCGACGUUGACUCGUUUAAAAGACUUUUGUUAACAGGACAUGCAAACUUUCCAGGUCGUCCAUCCGCGUCAGCGCCUGAAUUAGGCGGGGAUCUGAGGGUUCAGUCCUCCUCCUUACAUGGCCGAGAGACUAGCACGGACGCACGUCCUAGAUCACGCCAGUCUAUAUUUGAUACAGUACCUCCUAAAGAAACCUCCCAAAUCUCACAACCUAUUACGGGAGCGGAAGAUUCCGGAGAGAAAAGAGGCGCCCUACUUCCGUCUCCCUUUUCCUCAGCUCCUCUCUCUUCAAUGAAGAAGAAACCACCACCGCCCAGCUCGCGACAUGGAAAACUGAUCAAGAUCGAAUUAGGCGCAGGUAUAGAAUCCCAUACGACUAGAAGUCCAACACCUCCUAUAUCUACGAAUCUUACCACCAUCCCUCCUUUUGACCCGUCACGUAAAUCCAACCCUCAGGCUAACACCCCGUUACAAUCUCCGCUCCUACCAACUGAUGUGAACAAACCCCUCCCGCUAACACCUUUCCGUCCCUCCGUGGAAGAGGCAGUUGAUUCCCCAUUCGAUCGCGAAGCUAUAGGCAAGGUCCCUGAACCUUUCACCGAUCUUCGGGCGAAUCCUGAACCGCCCAUGCCUCCCUUAGCUUCUCAACCCCAUUCUGAGUCGAAUGGCAUCACGCAGUCUCGCAAACCCGCAGCCCCGCCACCACGUCGGCAUGGAAGAAGCGAUAGUAGAGCGCCUUCCAUUAACACAACGAAUGCAGAUGAGGAUACCCCGCCGAGAUCGUCGAUAGAGUCGAACCGGUCCCGAACCGAUAGUCUACGCACGAAUACCAACAUGGCUAAUAAUCCGAACGUACCUGCUCCGCCACCUCCUCGCCGGCCGAACCAUGCUAGGCACGGGAGUUCGUUUAAGAGUCCAAGUCAAGCAAACUCUACGCCGGUAUCUGCUACGGCGUCAACCGAAAACGAGCGCAAUGUAAUGGGAACCAGUCUUGGGUCCGUAAGUAAGAGUGGGCAGAUAGAGGCCCAAGGUAGUCCAGCGACUAUAAUCACAAAUAAAGACGGCAUAUCCAAAUUAUCCCCGCCGCCUCCGCCGCCCACAAGGCAAGCAAGUACCCGACGUCCACCAAGCGUCAAAAGUGUAGACCUUGGCAACGGGUCUAACACAACUAGGCGAGUUAGUAGGGAGAAAGACGGGGGAGUGCCACCGCCCCCACCCCCUCCAAGGCAACGGGGGAGUAGUCGUGCAAGCGUGGAAAAUCCAGCUGUACUUGCUGAGAGCACAGGGAACACAAGUGGUGAUACUCAGAAAGAGGCUACAAUUACCCAAGCCAAUGCCGAGGCUGUGGCUGUGGCCGAUACAAAACAAGGGGCGGAAAUACUGGCAGAUCUCGAUGCGUUACAAAGGGAAGUUGACGCCCUAAUGGGAAGAUAUGGAAAAUCCGGUGGGAGCUGA